AUGGAUCGAGUUGAGAGGGAACUGAGCAAGAUGGAGUCGAUGUCGCCAACAUCGCCACAGAGAAGCCAUAUUAAGAAUGGGACGGUCGUGCCAGGUGCAGGAAGUACAGCGAACCUUGGUGCAAGGAGUGAGAGAAGUGGAAGUGCAAAGAGGACGCCGACAAAGUUUGCACCCGGAGGGAUAGAAUUGAUUCCGCAACCAAGCUCCAUGCCGGUAGAUCCACUGAACUGGUCAAGGGCGAAGAAAGAAUGGACCUUUACCUCGGUAAUCUUCGGCCUGGCACUCAUAUGCCCCUCAAAAACGAUGUUUGUCACAGUCAAUGCAGUGAUCGCUGUGGAACUCAACGUCACAUAUCCAGCAGCAGCAGCACUAACUGGUGUACCAUACAUAUUUGGAGGGGUUGCUGCAUUGAAAUGCCAUGUUCUGAGUCGGUUUUUUGGGAAGAGGGGACUCUACCUCGUGAGCGCUACCACUGUAUUGCUUGCCAUGGUCUGGAAUAUGCAUAUCAUAGCUAGUUACCCAGCGUUCAUGAUCAGUCGGAUUCUUCAAGGCCUGGGGUGGGGUACAUUUGAAGCUUUGGUGGCGGGGUCUAUUUCCGAUAUGUAUUUCGUGCAUCAACGAAGGACCCGAAUGAACAUCGUCAACGCCGUGACAAUUCUUUCGACCUGGGGUUUCCCUAUCCUCGGUGGAUAUAUGUCCCAAAAUACUCAAGGCUUCAGGAAUCAAGUUAUGGUCAUCAACAUCAUGCAAGCAUUCUCCAUCGUGUUCCUCAUUUUUAUCACUCCAGAAACGACAUUCGACCGCUCGUCUGCCCCUCACACCCCUCCAGUAUCCAGCCACAACGUCUCAUCCUUCAGAAGCUACCUCUCAACACUCCGCAUCACGACCCCUCACAGCACCAAGCCUUUCACUCUUAACGCUGCGGUGCGCCCUGUCCGUGCCCUUGUCGCACCAAGCGCCAUUCUCACAGCGCUUCUCACCGCGCCUAUGCUCGGAACAGCCUUCGGCAUCGCCAACACAGUCUCCCUCCUCUUCUCCGCAAUGCCCACAUUCCUCUUCCCUUCUCACAUGGGAUUCCUCUUCAUCCUACCACUCCUCUUCUCUCUGAUAAUCUACUCCAUAACAACCUACAUCUCCUACCUGCGCUCCAAGCCCCCGAACCACCUUUCCGAAUCCCGCGAGCUAUCAACAUCACUCUUCGGCAUGCUGCUCGGCGUUACUGGGCUCCUUUCCUUCGGCUUAUACACCGUGGGAAAUCUGCUUCCGCGAACAGUGAAUGCGAACCAAACAUUCACGCUCGUUGUCUCAGGUGCGGACCUCAACCUCAACGCCACGUCUGCACUCUUCGGGCUCCUGGUCGCCGGCGCCCUCGUGCUAUACUAUUCGGGCCUUUCGCACCUCUCAUCAACAUCGGCGCCCGCUUCUCCUCUCGCAACGGAGCUCGAGAACGCGUCAAAGAUUUGGGUUGAGUUCCUUGUCGGGAUCUGGAUUAUUGGCGUUCCGAUGUGGGUGACUGGCAGUGAUGGGAUGCUAGUGGGACUCAAGGCAACCAGCAUUGCGUUGGCGGUUGUGUCUUUGGUUGUUGGGAGUACCGUUGCUGCCGCGAUGUGGGCCAAGGGGAGAGAGAUCAAUAGGGUUGAUGAGAGGGUGUUGAAGAUCCCUGUUGAGGAGAUGGGGGGCAAUGCGGGAGUGCCGAUGCAGAAGAGGAAGAUGAAUCAGAGUUUUUCUGAGGCGUGA